AUGCAAAGCUCAGACCAGAUCUAUCAACUGUUGUUGGUUUACCUCGAUGACGCUAUUGUUUUCUCAAAAACAUUUGACGAACACUUGGAGAGACUGGAAAAAGUUUUAACGAGGCUAGCGCAACAAGGGUUAAACAUAAAGCGAGAGAAAUGCAGUUUUCUUAGAAAAGAAGUUUCGUAUCUGGGAUAUGUGGUUUCAUCUGACGGUGUCUCGACUGACCCUGACAAAAUAUCUGUGGUGAAAAAUUGGCCGGUACCCAAGACCAUGAAAGAACUUCGUUCGUUUCUUGGAUUUGCUAGCCACUAUCGUCGCUUCGUAAAAGAUUUCUCCAAGGUCGCUGACCCACUGCAUGAAUUACAGAACCGGUGUUUACACGAACUGAAACUAAAGAAACAUCUGUUAGUACCCUUCCCAAAGCGUUGGAAAAUUGUUCAUCAACAAGCCUUCGAUAGGCUUAAGCAUUCGUUGACAACUGCGCCAGUAUUGGGAUAUGCAGACUUCUCGCAACCAUUCAUACUCGAGACUGAUGCUAGCCACCAAGGACUGGUGCGUUCUUUCCCAAGAACUUCAAGGAAAGAGACGUGUAUUGCGUACGCAAGUAGACGACUAAGACCAACUGAACGCAAAUGGACAAUUAUAGCUCCAUGA